AUGAUGAAUCAAACCUCAGUCACUGAAUUUCUUCUCUUGGGAGUGACAGACAUCCAAGUACUGCAGCCUGUUCUCUUUGUGGUUUUCCUUGCAAUUUACUCUCUCAGUUUGUCUGGGAAUGGAGCCAUCCUGAUGGUUGUCAUCUCUGAUCCAAGACUCCAUUCUCCUAUGUAUUUUUUUCUGGGAAACCUGUCAUGUCUAGAUAUCUGCUACUCUACGGUGACACUGCCAAAGAUGCUGGAGAACCUCCUCUCUACACACAGAGCAAUAUCCUUCUUGGGAUGCAUGAGCCAACUUCAUUUCUUCCACUUUCUGGGUAGUACAGAGGCCAUGCUGGUGCCCGUGAUGGCCUUUGACCGCUUUGUGGCUAUCUGCAAACCACUUCAUUACAGUCUUAUCAUGAAUCAUCAGGUCUGUAUCCAGAUGGCUGUCACUGUCUGGAUCUUUGGUUUUUUCCAUGCCCUGCUGCACUCAGUAAUGACCUCUCGCUUAAACUUCUGUGGUUCCAACCACAUCCACCACUUCUUCUGUGAUGUUAAGCCAUUGCUCAAGCUGGCCUGUGGGGACACUGAGCUGAACCAGUGGCUGCUCAAUAAUGUCACGGGGACCUUUGCCAUGGGCUCAUUCUUUCUAAUACUUCUGUCCUAUUUCUACAUUAUUAUUUAUCUUUUCUUCAAGACCCAUUCUUGUAGCAUGCUUCAUAAAGCACUGUCCACUUGUGCCUCUCACUUCAUAGUAGUUAUUCUUUUAUUUGGUCCUAUUGUUUUCAUUUACAUUCGCCCUGCCUCAGGUAGCUCCAUGGACCAAGACUGGAUUGUUGCCAUUAUGUACAGCGUGGUCACUCCUGUACUAAAUCCACUGAUAUAUACUUUAAGGAACAAGGAAGUGAAGGGGGCCUUGAGGAGGGUAAUCAGAAGGAGGCUCUGA